AUGCAAUCUGGCGUCAAUCGCGUUUUUGUUCGACUUAUCAACGCCAUUCCCGGACCAGAUGGUAUUCCGUUUCUCGGCAAUGUUCUUGAUUUAAAUGUUCCAAACGAUGAGGUGUUGAAUAUUGUCAAUGGCGACUGGGUGAGGAAGUAUGGAAGUAUUUACCGCAUUUGGUUCAUCAUUCGUCCAGUUAUCCUCAUUACAUCACCAGAAUUGCUAGAUCCAAUUAUGGGAAACUAUAAAUUCAUUGAGAAACCGGGCGAGUACGACAUCUUUACUCCGUUUAUCGGCAAAGGAAUUCCUGUGGCAACAGAUGAGCGAUGGAAGAAAAAUCGUCGUCUACUUAACCCAGCUUUUCAUUUUCAGAUCCUCAACCCUUUUGUGGACGCCAUCAAUAACAAGGGCAUAAACUGUAUAGAGAAAUUUGAAGAAGCUUUAGAAAAUCACAAAGGUGGUGAAAUGGACGUCUUCCCCAUUAUUAUAUCACGCAGCACUUUAGAUAUUAUUUGCGAUACUUUUAUGGGACGAAAGGCACAAAAAAUGAAGAAAAGGCGCUCUUUCUUAACAACCUUGAGGGGCAAGUGACUGAAUUUUUAGACAUUGUUUGAUGUUUACCUAAGAAGAA